UAAACUUUUAGUUUCAAAUUCAUCUUUCUCGCGUGCAGUUGAAAUAUUCAAAAUGAAUGGAAUAAAAAAUAACUCAGUUUUUUCCAUAAUAAUACUUCAAAUAUUCUUGGUGGCCAAAGCUACUGAAACUAUAAAUACUCUUAUCCCAUCAAGUUGCUCUCCUUUUGGAGAUUCUCCUGGCGUUCAUCAACUCAAUGUUUCUGGUGUAGGUUUCUUCGAUGUUUUAUGCGAUAGUCAGUUAGCUGGACCUGGAUGGAUUGUAAUACAACAACGAGUUGGGGGAAAUGAGGACUUCAAUAGGGAUUCGGCAACGUAUCGCAACGGUUUCGGUUCCUUUGAGAGUGAUUUCUUCCUCGGGCUCGAGAAAAUACAUCGUAUUACGAGUUUGCAGCGUUACGAACUUUAUAUACAUUUGGUUGAUGAGGAUGGAAGGACUUACAACGCUCGUUAUGAUGACUUCAAAAUAUCUGAUAAAGACAAUGGAUACGCACUGAGUUUGGGUAAAUUCAGUGGAACUAUUCCGGAUGCGAUGAGAAGCGGCGAAUUUAGUCGCUUCCCAACUAAUAUGGAAAGUCCCUGGUGGUACCAUACACAUAUUGAUUGUAAUUUAAAUGUACCAUAUUGGCGACGUCCAUUUUGGAUGUCUAUUAGUCUGAGAGAAGUUAAGAUGCUAAUUCGCCCCAAAGGAAGCGAUGAAGAAGUGAGCAACUGAAAAGCUGAAAUUACAAUAUUUGACUCAAUUAUGUAAUCAUUUAUAUAUUAUAUAAUUGG